UCGUGUAUUGUGAUAUUCGAUUUUAGCCAUAUCGCUCAGCCCCACGCAGAACGGCAAGAGAAAGGUAUAAAGAUAGCUCAUGCUGGUCACACUCUCUCUAUAUAUACUCACACACCCAUGCACAGGAUGACGUGCCAGAGCCUGCAGACCACAGCCCUCACUGACUUGCCUAAGUACGGCCCCAGAUGAACCAGUUGAGGCUUUUAGACCACACCCACUUUCAGUCUUCUUCUGCCUCCUCUACCGGCUCUGACACCAGAGCUCACUUCUCUCUCUUUCUCUCUCUCUUUCCUGUCCUCUUCCGCUCUCCUCUCCAUCUGUUGGUCCCUCAGGCAGGCUGUAAACGAGGAUGGCGGAGCUGGAGGGCUUCGAGUUCGGCAAGUCGGACUUUGUGCUCCUGGAUGAAGUGACCAUGGAGCAGUUCCUGGACAACCUGAAGCUGAGGUUUGAGAAAGGCCGGAUCUACACGUUUAUUGGCGAGGUGGUGGUGUCAGUGAACCCCUACAGACAGAUGGAUAUCUAUGGUAAAGAUGCGAUUGAUGCGUACAGAGGGAGAGAGCUGUACGAAAACCCCCCUCACCUCUACGCUGUGGCCGACGCAGCUUACAAGGCCAUGAAGAGACGAGCAAAAGACACCUGCAUUGUCAUAUCAGGUGAGAGCGGAGCAGGAAAGACAGAAGCCAGUAAAUACAUCAUGCAGUAUAUCGCCGCUAUCACUAACCCCAGCCAGAGAGCAGAGGUCGAGAGUGUAAAGAAUGUGCUCCUGAAAUCUAAUUGUGUGCUGGAGGCCUUUGGGAACGCCAAGACGAACCGCAAUGACAACUCCAGCCGCUUUGGGAAGUACAUGGACAUUAACUUUAACUUCAAUGGUGACCCUACUGGAGGACACAUUAACAACUACCUGCUGGAGAAGUCACGAGUCGUCCAGCAGCAGGAGGGAGAGAGGAACUUUCACUCUUUCUAUCAGUUGUUGCGCGGAGGAUCUGAUGAGCUCCUGAAGUCUCUGCACCUGAACAAAGAUCCUACAGACUACACCUACACCAGACAGGGAGCCUCCGUCUCUACUUCGUCCUCUGAUGACCGUUCCUGUCACCGAGCGGUUAUGGGAGCGCUGAAGGUCAUUGGUUUCAGUGAGGAGGAGAUCAGCUCCAUCUAUAAAAUCCUCAGCACCAUCCUGCACCUGGGGAACCUGCAGUUUGAGACUGAUGGAGAAUCUGUCCAGCUGGUGGGAGGAGACUCAGUGCAGCACAUCUCCGAGCUGACCACUACCGAACCAGAAAGUGUUAAUAAGGCGCUGCUUUACCGCACUGUGGCCACCGGGGGUGGAGAGGUCAUUGAGAAAGGUCACAGCGAGCAGGAGGCCAGCUAUGGACGAGACGCUUUUGCCAAGGCUCUGUACGAGCGACUGUUCGCAUGGAUAGUUGGGCGAAUCAACAGUGUGAUAGAGGUGAAGAACUACAAUCCAGCACUGCAUGGCAAAAACACGGUCAUAGGAGUGCUGGACAUUUACGGCUUUGAGAUAUUUGACAAUAACAGUUUUGAGCAGUUCUGUAUUAACUACUGCAAUGAGAAGCUUCAGCAGCUCUUCAUUGAGCUCAUCCUGAGACAGGAGCAGGAGGAAUAUCACAGAGAGGGCAUCACCUGGCAACAUAUUGACUACUUCAAUAACCAGAUCAUCGUGGAUCUGGUGGAACAGGCCCAUAAGGGCAUCAUCUCCAUCCUGGACGAGGCGUGUCUGACCGCAGGAAAAGUUACAGACACCGUUUGCUUGGACAGCAUGAACCACAAACUCGGACAGCACCCUCACUAUACGUCCCGCAAGCUGAACCCGACUGACAAGAGCAUGGAGUUCCACCGGCACUUCCGCAUCCGACACUACGCUGGUGACGUCACGUAUUCAGUGGAAGGCUUUCUUGACAAGAACAAGGACCCGCUUUUCCAGGAUUUCAAACGGCUGAUGUAUAACAGUUCGGACCCGGUGCUGAAGGAAAUGUGGCCUGAUGGUAAGCUGAGCAUCACAGAGGUGACCAAGCGACCACUGACUGCUGCUACACUCUUCAAGAACUCCAUCAUUGCCCUCGUGGAGAAACUCGCCUGCAAGGAGCCAUACUAUGUGCGGUGUGUAAAGCCCAACGAGGUGAAGUCCCCCAUGCUGUUCGAUGACGCACGCUGUAGACACCAGGUGGCAUACCUAGGCCUGCUGGAGAACGUCCGGGUGCGCAGAGCUGGCUUUGCCUACAGACAACCCUACGAACGCUUCCUGCAGAGGUACAAGAUGACGUGUGAGUACACCUGGCCCAAUCACCUGAUGAGCAGUGACCGAGAGGCCGUGGAGGCCAUCGUUGUCCAGCACGGCUUUGAGGGGGACGUAGCAUACGGACACACGAAGCUGUUUGUGCGAACGCCGCGCUCGCUGUUCACUCUGGAGCAGGAGAGAGCCGCACUCAUCCCCAUCCUCGUCCUCUUCCUGCAGAAGGUGUGGCGCGGUGCUUUGGCGCGGAUGCGGUGCAGACAGAUGCGGGCGAUUUACAAAAUCAUGGGCUGCUACAAGCGCUAUAAAGUGAAGGCUCAUUUCUGGGAGGUGGAGAGACGCUUCGCUAACGUCAGGAACAUGUCCGACUAUGGGAAAAGCGUGGAGUGGCCGACUCCUCCUGCUGCUCUAAUGCAGUUCCACAAAAUCACACAGCACCUCCACCGCAGGUGGAGGGCGAGGCAGAUCGUCAAGAACAUUCCUCCCUCAGACAUGGCGGAGGUCAGAGCGAAGGUUGCGGCUCUGGGAGCUCUGAGUGGAGAGAGAGUGGACUGGGGCUUUAACCGGGCCUGGGAGAGAGACUACCUGGCCAACGCCAGAGACUGUCCUUUAACCAGCUCCAAUUUUGUGCGAAUCACCAAAGAGCUGAAGAACAAAGACCAGUACAGUCAGGUCCUCUUCUCUGGAUUCGUCAGAAUGCUGAACUGGUUCAACAACACAAAGGACAGAGCUCUACUCAUCACAGAUAAACACAUCUACAGACUAGAGCCGAAGAAACACUUCAAGGUGCAGAAACGGAUACCUAUAGAAACUGUAACCAGCUUGAGUGUAACAAGCGGGACGGAUCAGAUGGUGGCGCUACACACUUUGUCUCAGGAAGACAUACUAGUGUACCUGCAGAGCGGUCAGCUGGGGCCAAAGCAGGACCGUGUGGGGGAGCUGGUGGGGACGCUGUGUGACCACUUCACACGGGUGAGGAACGUUCACCUGCCGGUCCGAGUUUGCUCCACAGGCCUGCAGGUGCACAUUAGCGGUAAACCAAAAAACAUCACCGUGGAGACGAAGCCUGGCCAAAAUACUGCUGACUUCAAGAAGAGUCGCGGAGGAUUCACUUUACUGCUCCCUCAGUAAUCGAUCACACAUGAUUGAUCUGUUGCUCCACCCACAAAUGCGCUGUUUCAUAGCUGCUGUUGUGAGGUUUAAGCUUUACAGAACCUAUUGUGAACCUGUAGCACUCAACUCACUCUCGGUGAUCGAUCGUGGCUUCAGUUAUUUUAGCAUUGCUAAAUGGCUAAAGCUGCACUGUGUAAGAUUUUUUGUUAAAACCGAAGGAAGUAUCAUUAUUGAGUCAGGAGAAUAAAAACAGGCUAAGAAAUGGUGGGUGUACCCUGUCCUGAGUCGCCCUGUAAGGUCUGAAAUUACCGUUUAAAGUCGAGGUUUCGGGUCGGGAGUUUUUCACACCACGUCGUACGUCUUUACAUAUUAAUAUCACACACACAGGCUCAAAAAGUAGGUCCAGCUCGAUGUUUAGGCCUCAAAUGAUCUUAAAAUCAACAUUAGGCUGAUGAAGAUAUGAUGACAAUAGUAGAUAAUUCACUCACAUCCUCAGAAGACGCUCCUUCACCAAGUUUUGACCGAGUUCUCUUUGAAUUCUCUUUCAAUAAUCAGAUUCAUCUGCUUGGGGAAGGAGGCCGAAGCACAAUCAUCACAGAUGCUUGCAACUUUUCACCAUAUCAUACAGGCUAUAGAAUGAUUGCAUUAUUACACAGUAGGAAAUAUCCAUCCAUGUCUGUUCAGUGUUUAAUAUCACAGUCAUGUGUUAUUUUUGUAUUUUUUAUUUUUUUAAGAAAAAAAAUAGUGUUGGGGUCUGUGGGACCCAUUUCCAAUGUUUACCAAAAGAACAAAUAAUGUGAUUUAUUAAUAUUUCAACCUCAUAUCUCUUGUCCUUUCCUCAUUUUCUGUGAAGAACAUAUAAAAUAACCCAUUUUCAGUGUCUUCACUCUGUUCACCCCCCACAUAUUUUGUAUUACACAUGUAUGUGGGGGUGGACAACAUAGACAGGCUGCUGACUGACUACAGCUGCUAAAGGAGAACCCUACGCUAGACACUUGUUAUAUUUUAAACAUCUGGUAUUUUUACAUAAAUGGUUAUGGCUGUAUUGAUUUAAAAACAAUAAUGUGGUGGGUCCAGCAGACCACUGAGUAACAAACACAUCAACACCACACAAGGGUUAGCACGUCAAUAUUAGCAUGACAGAAUGUUUACAGAAAACCUAGCUACAGCGAAUUUUCAUACUUAUUCAAAA